GAUUUCGUAGGACUAGGUUGUGGGAGCGUGCGUGCAUGUGUGCUACAUGACAGUGAAUUCAACUGCAAAUUAUCUAUUCACAGUUGGAUAUUUUAAUGGCCGAAUAUGGACUGUGAUAGAAAAGUUUGGGUAGCUGUGCCAUUCAACAUAAAGAUUUCCUGUGAACAGAUUUAGGCAAACGUGAUUUCUAAGAAUCAAAAAUGUUUAUUCUGCAUUAUCUGGUCUUCUUGCACUUUCUUCACGGACAAACGUUCGCAGCUCUGAAAGAUCUUUACAUACUAGGAUUGUUCCCCAUGGAGGGUGAAUGGAACGUCGGGCUGGGUACUCAACCAGCAGCUGAGUUGGCCCUGGAGUACGUUAACAAUGAUGUGGCUGUUCUUCCAGGAUAUCGACUCAAUAUGAUAUGGAACAACACAAAGUGCAAUGCAGGACUGGGCAUCAACACUCUGGGACACAUGACAUGUAAUGGUCCAACGUUCAUAAUGCUGCUUGGUGCUGGUUGUUCUUCUGUCAGUGAGGUCGUGGCAGAGGCAGCUAACCUCUGGAACCUAGUUCAGGUUAGCUACGGGUCCUCAUCACCAGCUCUGACGAAUAAGGUCCGCUAUCCCACCUUUUUUCGACUUGUUGUUUCCUUGAAUGAAGAUAACUAUGCUCGUGUUGCUCUGCUCCAGCAUUUUAAUUGGACUCGGGUCACAACAAUACACGAAUUAAAACAUAUGUUUUCAAUGAUGAUGGAAGAUAUUCAAGGUAUCCUGAUUAAAAAACGCAUAGAAAUCACGCAUAUGUACCAGUUCAGCGAGAGCCCCAGAGUGUCCGUCCAACAAUUAAAGGAACAUGAUGCAAGAAUUAUCAUUGGCGCCUUUAUUGAAAAUAAAGCUAGACAGCUUUUCUGCGAGGCCUUUAAAAUCAGAUUCAGUGGACCGAAGAUUGUUUGGGUGAUUCCACACUUAGAAGAUAAUUGGUGGAAAGUCAACGAUACAGACUGUACUAGUAAUGAAAUACUGUCAGCUGCCGGCAACUACUUCUCUAUUAGUACUUUCUUUGAAUCUUUUGGCACUAAGCAGGAUGACAACGGAUUUACACUACAAAAGUUUAUGAGUGAUUACAAUACUAAGACUGAUUACGAAAUGCGUCCAGGUCACGACAUGGCACAGGCGGCUUAUGAUUCGGUAUGGGUUAUUGCUCGUGCUCUCAAUGCUACGAUGGCUGAUCUUAAAAACACAGGGUAUGGACUUGAAAAUUUCACCUACACCAAUACCAAUAUGGGCGAAUUAAUCAAGAACAACACAAGGAAAGUUAACUUCAAUUCGCUAUCGGGUCAUGUGUUUUUUGAUAAAUAUGGUGAUGUAAUUAGAAUGUCGAUGAUUCAACAAUUACAAGAUGCGAAAUUAGUGACAGUCGCUUUAUAUGAUAAACUUAAUAUCGGCAAUGAGUUGAUAUGGAACUCUUCACGUGUCUUAUGGUUAAAUGGAAUCGUGCCAUCUGAUUCUUUGAAAACAGUGUCAGGUCCACUUGUAUUAUCACAAAUACUGUAUGGAAUCAUGUGUGUGUUUGCUGCUCUUGGGAUGGUUUUGGCAUUGUGUUUUCUUGUCUUCAACAUCAAAUUUAGAAAUAAAAGGAUAAUUAAAAUGUCUUCACCUAAUAUCAACAAUGUCAUUUUGGUGGGCUGCAUACUAGCGUACACGUUUGUCUUUGUAACAGGAAUGAAUAAGAGGGAACUGCCAGCUGUAUGUCAGAUCAGAGGAUUUGUUCUGGUCACAGCUUUCUCUCUAGUAUUUGGUGCACUAUUCACAAAGACAUGGCGUGUAUACAUCAUCUUCACGAAUAUUUAUCAGUUACAAAAGCGGCCACCUAACGACAUCGACUUGUUUAUAAAAAUUGGUAUCAUUACUGGCGUUAAUGUGAGCAUCAUGGUUUUGUGGUCAAUCCUUUCUCCUAGUUACCCGGAGCAAAUAAUAAUGUAUGAUUGGAAAGUCUACUAUCCAAUCAAGGAUAUUGUCCUGGUUCCAGCAAUAUGGCAUUGCACAUCUGUCUAUGAUGAAUACUUCAACUUCAUUGUUUACGGCUUCCAAGCCAUCAUUCUGUUGCUUGGCGUCUUCCUGGCUUUCACAACCAGAAAGGUCACAAUUCCAGCACUGAAUGAUUCAAAGGCAACCGGACUGUGCAUCUACAACGUGAUUGUGUUAUCUACUUUAGGAUUACCAGUAGCAUUGCUACUGAAAGACAAUUUAAACUUUCAGUAUGGCCUCAUUUGCACUCUCAUGAUUGUUGGAACUACAGUUAUCCAGAUGCUUAUAUUUUUGCCAAAGGUGAGUGCGUUAAAGAAGUAUUUGAAAGGAGAUGACACUGAAUGCCGUUCUACCAUAAAUAAGAUAUCUACUAGUGUUAAAGUGGACCAAGAUUUGUAGAUGUUUCCACUCAGAUCGUGGGUGUCAUUUGCUGAAGAAAAGAGCCACAUAAAUAAAUAACUGCUAAUUAUAAUACGAGCUAUCAUGCCUCCGUUUUAUUUGGAACUUUUAGCAUUUUAAUUAGACCAAUUCGUGUUGUAGGCAUAUAAGAACAUAAUGAACGCUGACAUUAUUAGCUAAACAUGCUCCUGGUGCUAAGCGCUAAGAACAUUUCCGGACCUAUAGCAGUUUAUAGAGACACAUGCCUUUAAUGAACAACACUUUAAAAUCAGUGAAGGCGUAUUAUAUAACAAUGCACUUUAAAAAAAUAUUUUUUCCGUUACUUACCAACCAUUUCACGGAAUGAAUGAAUGUUUAACGACACCCCAGCACGGAAAAUACAUCGGCUACUGGGUGUCAAACUAUGGUAAUGCAAAUAAAUAAAGUGAUGA